CACUCACAACCACUCCUCAUCGCCUGGCAGCACCCCCACCACCCAACACCGUCGCCAGCAUGGGUAACAACUCGGACAAGAUGUACGUCACGUACUCGGAGCACGCGGCGGGCCACCACACGGCUUCGGGCGGUGGCAAGCGCGCCGAGACAGGCAAGUCGGACUUUCAGCGGCUCCCAUUCGACUCGUGUGCGCUCUCGCUCCAGCCGUUCCGUAACCCCGUCGCUGUCGUCGCGGAGACUGAGCCGGGUGAGGCUCCCCGCGCCGACGUCUUCGACCUGCUCAACAUUGUCCCCUAUGUCCGCAAGUUCAAGACGAACCCUGUGACUGGCAAGCCUCUCGAGACGAGCCAGCUCAUCAAGCUCAACUUCUUCAAGAACUCGGAGGGCAACUACCACGACCCGAUCACCUUCAAGGUCUUCUCGCCACAUGUGCACAUUGUCUUUCUGAAGAACACUGGAAAUGUCUUUGACAUGGCUUCCCUCCAACUCCUGGCUAUCAAGCCCAAGACGUGGCGCGAUCUCGUCAGUGACGAGGAGUUCAAGCGCGAGGACAUAAUCACGAUCCAGGACCCGUCCAACCUCAAGUCGCGGGACCUGCGCGACUACGAUUAUGUCAAGAACGAGAAGUCGCUCACUGAUGCCGACCGGGAGAACGACCCGCUCAAGGGCAUCAAUGUGGACGCCGCUGGUGGCGCCAGCAAGGUGCUCAAGAUGAUCGCGGAGAAGACACGGUCUGAGAACCCCUCGCCAUCACCCGCGCCGUCGUCAAAGGCCGAUGAGAAGCCCAAGGAGGGCGUCGUUGCCAAGCGCAAGGUCGAGCAGCUGGCCUACAACGCUUCCAACUACUCCAGCGGACGCACGGCGGCGUCGUUGACAAGUACGACGAACGGCCCCGAGAUCAAGGACGAGCGUGCCAUGUUCGACGAGGAAGAGUACAUGUUCGAGGAGAUGAUGAAGCCCACCAAGGACAAGGACAGGCUAAAGUCCAAGGCGUACGCCACGAUCAUGACCAACCUUGGAGGCCUCAACGUCGAGCUGCACGGCGAUCGCGCACCCAAGACCGUGUACAACUUUGUCCAGCUGGCCAAGCAGGGCAAGUACGACAAUGUCAUCUUCCACCGCUUGAUACCUGGCUUCAUGAUCCAGGGUGGCGAUCCCACGGGAACUGGACGAGGAGGCGAGAGCUACUGGGGUGCGGGGUUCCGGGAUGAGUAUGCCGAGAAGGGCGCGUUCAAGCACGACGCGCGUGGUACUCUGUCCAUGGCCAACAGCGGACCGCACACCAACGGCUCUCAGUUCUUCAUCACCUUCACCGAGACGCCGCAUUUGAACAACAAGCACACCGUGUUUGGCAAGCUCGUCGGCGGCGAGGACGUCCUGCUGCGGAUGGAGCGCACCAAUGUGCGACCAGGAUCUGACCGCCCGACGAAGGACAUUAUAAUCACGGGGGUCAACAUCUUGCAAGAUCCGUUUGAAGAGCACCAGAAGCGUUUGAAAGCCCGUCUCGCACGGCAAGACCAGUCCGAGGAGGCGCAGAGACGGCGCGCCGAGAAGGCCGCCGAGCGGGAGAAGGACCGAACGACGUGGCUGGGGACAGAUCUGGGUGCCAAGGGCGAAUCAAAGGCUUUGCGUGCUGAGAAGAAGCGCAAGGCCGACGACGAAGGGGUGGGCAAGUACCUCAAACCUGCAAAGGCGCCAGCGCCGGCUGCGGCGGCCGCGCCUGCAGCUGCGCCGGUCGAGUUUGGUGUUGAGAAGAAGAAGCGCAAGGCUGGGGAUGAGCAUGUAGCAUGCCGCAGCGCGACGGACCAGACGCUCGAGCAGCAGAACGAGGAGGAGCUGAGCAGCCUGCAUGGCAAGAUCAAGGCGCUGCGUUCGGUCACCAUCGACAUCCUCGACGAUUCGGGCAGGCAGAAUGACCAGCUUGACCGGACUGGCAACAUCUUCACGUCGUUUGGCAACUCGCUCUUCUCGACGCAGCGACACCACUCCCGCACAAUGGCGGCCAGCUCGACCCUCAGGCAGUACCGCACCAUCGCGUACAUUGUCGGCGUGGUCGUCGCGCUGUGGUUCGUGCUCAAGCUGUGGCAUUUGGGCGGCGGGGGCGGCGGCAAGGGGCCCUCAGACGCGGAUUAUGGCGCGUGAGCGAAUGGGCGAGCGGAACGAGCGACGCGCAGCGUCGCGAGUGCGCGAGUUUGCGAGGCGAGCGAUAUGGAGAGGACGGGGUGUGGCGUAGAGACAGGAGACAGAGAGACGGAGGAGAGCCCGAAGAGAGCACACAGCAGGACAGCGAGGAUGGACGCCCGGUGGGAGGGUGGCAGAGCACUAGACCACCCCGCUCGCGGAGGGCAGCAUGGACAUAGGGGGGAACGAGAGCGACCGACGAGAGCAGCGUAGAGCGAAGAGCUGGCCCUGCGCACCCGCGCAACGCGUGCAUGCGCACACUCUACACGCCGUGUAUACCUUAUAU